CACAUAUCGAAGGAAAGGGAACCCUCAACCUCAAAAUGUCGACUGAAAAUGGGGCCAAACCUACGCCCGUUGCCAUCGUGGGAAUGGCGUGCAGGCUACCUGGUCAGGUAAGCAGCUUGGAAUCAUUCUGGGAAUUGUGCUCGCGCGGCCGAAGUGGAUGGUCAGAGAUGCCCAAGAGUCGGUUCAAUGCAGCCGGUUUUUAUCAUCCAAAUCCAGACCGAACUGGGUGCUUCAACCCCAAAGGCGGCCACUUUCUAGACGAAGAUGUCGCAUUCUUCGACGCUCCUUUCUUCAACAUCACUGUACAGGAAGCGCGCUCCCUCGACCCGCAGCAACGACUACUUCUCGAAUGUUCAUAUGAAGCGCUGGAAAAUGGUGGAAUCACCAAACAAUAUCUUCAAGGUCGUGAUGUCGGUGUUUUCGUCGGCGGUUCUCCGUCAGACUACGAAGUUAACAAUCUCCGCGAUGUGGCGACAAUUCCUAUGCAUCAAACUACCGGCUGUGCGACAUCUUUGCAAUCGAAUCGUAUCUCAUAUUACUUCGAUCUGAAGGGUCCUAGCAUGACCGUAGAGACGGCGUGUUCAUCUAGCUUGACUGCUUUACACCUGGCAUGUCAGAGCCUCCGAUCCAAGGAAUGUUCGACUGCGCUGGUCGGCGGGUGUCAUAUUAACUUGCUCCCCGAUACAUUUGCCUCUAUGUCUUUGUCCAGACUUUUCUCCGAAAGUGGAAAGAGUUAUCCUUUCGACCAGCAAUCCAAGUCACAGACGGUGAACGGGUACGGUCGAGGCGAAGGUGUGGGAUGUAUAGUAUUGAAACCACUGCAAGACGCUAUUGAUGCGGGCGAUGCGAUCCGAGCGGUUAUUUGGAAUACCGGCGUGAAUCAGGAUGGUCGAACCCGGGGCAUCACCAUGCCCAACAGCGCAUCCCAGGAGGAGCUAAUCCGCACUGUUUAUCGUCAGGCGCAAAUCGAUCCCGCUGACACCGGUUAUGUCGAGGCCCAUGGAACGGGAACUACUGUUGGCGAUCCAGCCGAGGCGCGCGCACUAUCUGCCGUGUUCUGUCAUGGGAAGGAUCGGAAAAGUCCACUCUUGAUAGGUUCAGUCAAAUCGAACAUUGGGCAUGCUGAGGGGGCAAGUGGAAUUGUUGCUAUCAUUAAGACCGCAUUGAUGUUGGAAAGAGGGUUCAUUCUUCCCAACUGCGGUGUAACCGAGCCCAACAGUGAUAUCCCGAUGAAGGAAUGGAACAUGAAGGUCCCCAAAAAGGUCGCCCCGUGGCCCAGAGGGAAAGAGUAUGCCAGUGUCAAUAAUUUCGGCUACGGAGGAACGAACGCUCAUGUUAUUAUGGGCAAACCACCUGCCCUUCAAUCUCCGAAGAUGACAUCCGAAUUACCAUUGCAAAACGGCUCGAUCGAUAAAAUAAGAGAGCGACAUACGGCACGCUACGUGUACGCAAUUUCGGGGCCGAACAAACGAGCCGUUGGAGCACUGGCUAAGAACGUUGCCACGUACCUUGAGAAACACCCGGACGCUUUUGACGCAUUCGUGAUGAGCAACCUAGCCUAUACUCUCGGUCAGAGGCGCAGCUUGUUCUCAUGGAGAACAGCCGUUUCUGCUUCUACGAGCAAAGAACUGAUUGCGCUUUUGUCUGCCGAUUUGGAACCCUUCAAUGUUUCGGAUGAUCCAUCCAUUUCCCUUGUGAUCACCGGCCAGGGUGCUCAAUGGUAUGGUAUGGGUCGAGAACUUCUUGAAGCGUCACCCGUCUUUUAUCGAGCAAUGCAGGAUGUUGAUAACGUUUUGAAGGCUCUGAAGAGUGGCUUAUCGAUCAUAGAUGAACUACAAAAGGACGCAUCUAACAGCUCGCUCUAUGAGCCUUCUUUGAGUCAGCCGGCAUGCACUGCUCUCCAGAUUGCUCUCAUUAAUCUCCUUCGCUCCUGGGGUGUCUCACCCGUCUCAGUUAUCGGUCAUUCCAGUGGAGAGAUCGCAGCUGCCUACGCCGCAGGUAUUCUCACUGUUGAGCAAUGUGUCCGUAUUGCAUAUUCUCGAGGAGCAGCAGCACAGGCUCUAAAGGACGACCCAUCUCAAACCGAAGGAAUGAUGAUGGUCGCCGGUGCUAGCCCGAUACGACUACAGCCCUUUAUCGAUGAGAUAUCCAAUGGAAGUGCUGUGAUUGCAUGCGUAAACAGUGAAUCAAGUGUGACGAUAUCUGGUGACGCGGCUUCAAUCACCAAGCUAGAUGCGGUUUUGAGCCAACAAGAUAUUUUCACUCGAAAGCUUCGCACUGGCGUCGCAUACCACUCGCCUCAUAUGAAGCAGAUCGCUGGCAGCUACAGGAAGCUCAUGGGUAAAAUUGUGCCCCAAAGCUCGACAGUUCCAUUCCAUUCGACUGUUCGUGGCCAAGUCAUUGAUGCCUCCUGUUUGACCGAGGAUUACUGGAUUGAGAACCUCACUUCACCAGUUCUAUUCUCACAGGGCCUACAAAGUCUAGUUUCGGAGAGCGAGAUUGGAGCUGGAAAACGGAGUCAUCUUCUCAUUGAGAUUGGGCCUCAUCCUGCCCUGCAAUCCCCUUGCCAAAGCAUUACUCGACAGGCGUCUAAAGACGUCGAUUUUCAGUACCUGCCAAGCAUUAUACGUGACAAAAAUUGCGUUGAAGCUAUUCAAACCCUUGCCGGGGCGCUAUUUUCAAGAGGAGUUUCGAUCGACCUAGGAGCUGUCAAUGCCUUUGCUGCUUUUGGAAAACACCCACAACUAUUGACAAACCUGCUCAACUAUCCAUGGGAUCAUUCUACUCGUCUUUGGCAUGAUUCUCGCAUAUCAAACAACUCAAGUCACCCUCAAUUCCCCCGCAAUGACAUAUUGGGCAGCUUCUCGGUGGAGAACAUUGACCUUGAGCCGCGGUGGAGAAAUAUCAUCCGAGCUGAUGACCUUCCCUGGGUUAGACAGCACAAGGUGCACGGUAAUUCUGUCUACCCCAUGACAGGCUUCUUGUCAAUGGCAGUAGAAGGUGUUGCGCAGCUAGCACAGCUGCAAAAUAUCCAGCUUGACUGUGUGGAAUUACGUGAUGUCAAGAUGCAGCGGAUGCUUGUCCUGCCUGACACUUCUCCAGUGGAAGUCAUGCUGUCGAUGAAAAUUCAAAAUGGAACCUCCAUGGCGCACGGAGCCUGGUAUGAAUUCUGGACAUACUCCUGGGCGGAGGGCAGGGGAUGGGAUGAACAUUGUCACGGAUUCAUCAUCGCAAGAGGCCCCGAGCGAUCAAACCCGGUGACUGAGGCAAAACUUGCUCUCGCUCAAAACCUCUCUGCUUUCACUGCCGAAUGUACCCAAGAUGUCAACUUGACAGAGACUUAUGCCAAUAUCGCAGCCACCGUGUUGACAUACGGACCUCUGUUCCGUGAAUUUUCCCGCAUUGCUCUGAGUGGAGACGGCAAAUCGAUAGCCAAAGCACGAGUGCCAGACACCAAGAGCUGCAUGCCCUUCGGAUAUGAAACAGGGUGUCUGGCACACCCCGUAACACUGGAUAUGUUCCUUCAGCAGUUCUGGUUCUUCAGUGGAUUUGAUAAGGCGGGACCUAACUUUUCCUACCUCGCGGACUCCGUCAAGCACAUGCUCAUUCCAGUCAAUGAUGCCGUUGACAUCGGGACUAAGUUCAAUCUCUUUACAACUCAAGAUCGCAGGCCGACCAAUGGGGAGAAUGUGAGCUACAGUGUUCUUGGAGUCAUCGAGGAGACCGGUGAGCCCUGGGUGACCGUCAACGGAUUUACUGCGACACGCAUCAAUGACCAAUCUGAGGCAUUUGACGCUCACGCCCAGAGGUCCGUUUGCUAUAAGGAGCAAUUAGAGCCAUGUUUUGAUUUCAUGGAGACUUCCGGGGCUACUCUACUACAACAUUCAAAGGCCAGCGUGAGGUGUUCCGUUGAGCAGAUGCGACUUCUAGAACAAGUGUCCCAUUACUACAUUGGUCGUGCGCUCCUCGAAAUUCCCAAGCAGCUUGACAGCUUCCAACCUCACCACAAGUUGCUUUACCAGUGGAUGCAGCGGGUUUGCCCACGGCCUCUUGAGUCAGUCAAGAAGUGUCAGAGUCAGACUAUUGAAUUGGUCCGUACCAUGAGCGCUGCCGGCCAAUUAUCCUGCAAGAUUGGUGAGAAUCUCCCGAGCAUCCUGCAGGGCCAUCAAGAAGCACUGUCUAUCAUGGUCGAGGAUGAUCUGUUGAAUCAGUAUUAUGAGAGCCUCGAUGGCUACCGCCAGAGCUAUCGCAAUGCUGUCCUCUGUGUUGAAAAGAUGGCCCACCAGAAUCCUCACAUGGAUAUUCUGGAGAUUGGUGCUGGUACCGGGUCGGCAACUUUGCCCAUCUUGGAAAGCUUCGGUGGGAAGGAUGGAGAAAGCACACCGCGGUUCCACCACUUCAAGUACACGGAUAUCUCAACCGGGUUCUUUGAGAAGGCGAAGGAGAAGUUCCAUGACUGGGACUCACUCAUGUCCUACCAGAGCCUUGAUGUCACGAAAGAUCCUAUGGAUCAAGGAUACACUGCCCAAUCAUACGACCUGAUAAUUGCCUGUAACGUUCUGCAUGCAACCCCUCGCAUUGGCGAGACUGUUGCCAACGCGCGGAAGCUUUUGAAGCCCGGUGGGAAGCUCCUGUUGAUUGAAGAGACCAUCAUGCAUCAAAGACUGUUCUUGUUCGCUUGUCUUCCAGGAUGGUGGGCCAGCCAAGAUGGAAGGCAUGUAAAUGGUCCUCUUCAGUCACCUGAGGAAUGGGAAUCUGUUCUCAAAGCAAACGGCUUCUCGGGAGUCGAUGUUUGCCUGCAAGAUUUCCCAGGAGCCUUCGAAGCCUCUAAUUGUAUGAUUGUCGCAACUGCAGCUGGGGACGUGACCCCAAUGCAACAAGAAGUUGUCGUCGUGGAGCACGGAACGCUGAAUACCAUUCCCACUGGAGCCUUGAUGGAUGGUUUCAAAGAAGUAACGGGACGGGCUCCGAGUAUCACGACCCUGGAUCAGGUGGAUGCAACCGGCAAGAUUUGCGUCUUCAUUGGCGAAAUUGGUCAAAAUCUAUUGUCCGAUAUGACUAAGGAUGUUUUCUCGAAAGUCCAGCAGCUAGUCACCACUGCGAAGGGCGUGCUUUGGGUCACCGGUCACAAGGACUCGCCUUCUCAACAAGCUAACCAGAACAUGGUCCUCGGUCUAGCACGGACUGUGAGGAAUGAAACCGGCCUUCCAUUUGCCACAUUAGAUCUCGGCAAUCUCGAAAACGUCUCGGGCAAAGAUACGGUGCGCCAUAUCAAGAAUGUCUUCAGAGGAGUCUUCGAUCCUUCCUCACAGUCCGUCCUCAUGAAGGGAGACAUGGAGUUCACUCUCCGCGACGGAGAAAUUUGUGUCUCCCGCCUGAUGGAGGAUUCGGCAAUGAACUUGAGUAUGCUCCAGGAAACAGGAAAGGCUCCUCCGCAACUCCAACAGUUUCAGCAAGACGGAAGGCCCCUCGCGCUUCAGCUGACCGAUGUCGGUGCCUUGGAUGGCUUCUAUUUCACCGAUGAUGACUCCAAGAACAAACCUCUACGGGAGGGCUUCAUUGAGAUACAGAUAUGCUACUCGGGUCUAAAUUUCCGUGAUAUCAUGACCGUUAUGGGAGAGGUUCCGGGAACUGAGAUUGGUGCCGAGUGCAGUGGUAUCGUAACUGCCGUUGGCGCUGGUGUUCACGACAUUAAUGUCGGUGAUCGGGUGUGUGCUAUGUUUAGUGGAUGCUUCUCAAACUACAUACACUGUCCUGCGACAAACGCUUGGAAAGUACCAUCGGGCAUUCCUCUGAACGUGGCUGCCACUAUUCCUGUGACUUUCUGCACAGCCUACUACUCAAUGGUUGACGUGGCCCGAGUCGAGCCGGGUGAAAAUGUCCUGAUUCACUCUGCAGCUGGAGGACUUGGACAGGCUGCCAUCCUUCUUGCCCAAUCCAUCGGUGCCAAUAUAUUCGCCACGGUCAGCACCCAAGAGAAGAAGGAAUUCCUCAAGAAGACGUACGGCCUGAAAGAAGACCAGAUUUUCUACAGCCGAGACACUGGCUUUGGACAAGCUAUCCGUCAUGCGACGCAAGGCCACGGCGUCGAUGUUGUCCUUAACUCGCUCAGUGGAGAUUUCCUGCGAGUUUCCUUCGAAACUUUGGCUCCUUUCGGUCGCUUUGUUGAGCUUGGCAAGAGAGACUUCUUGCAGAACUCUCGACUUGAGAUGUCUCAUUUCCUGAACAACGUCUCUGUUUCCUCUGUAGACCUUGUUCUCGUGAUGCAACGCAAGCCAAAGCUUUUGAAGAGACUUCUUGGAGAUGUGUUCCGAGAGUUUGGUGGGGACGUAUUUUGCCGACCACCCUGGCCCAUUACCUCUUACUCUGUCUCAGACACGGAGCAUGCUUUCCGCGAGAUGCGGACCGGUCGUCAGAUUGGCAAGAUUGUCAUUGAAAUGAAGCCAGAUGCCUUGGUCAAGGUUCACCCUCCUACCAGGUCAGACAAGCUUGUCCGCCAAGAUGGGACAUACAUCGUUGUUGGUGGUAACCGAGGCAUUGGUCUCGAUAUCACCUGCUGGCUAGCAGAGAAGGGAGCCCGGCACUUGGUGAUCGUGUCUCGCUCAGGUCUUGUAGGCGAAGAAGCACAGAACGCGAUAAUUGGACUCAUCAACAAAGGAGUCACAAUCAAAGUGUGCCAGUGUAAUGUCGGUGUCAAAGAGGAGGUUGAAGCUCAACUAAAGAGUUCCUUGUCAGGUGUACCACCUGUCCGUGGAGUGAUAUACGGUGCCAUGAUUCUGCGGGACGUUCCAUUUGAGAAAAUGCAAUAUGUGGAUUACAAUGCAGUUGUCCAAACUCGUGUGCAGGGGCUCUGGAACUUGCACAACACUUUGAAAUCCCUAAAUCAGGAUCUUGAUUUCCUCAUCAAUCUGUCCUCGGUGGCUGGCGUCAUCGGUAACCUCACGCAAGCAGCAUACGCAGCCAGUGGAACAUUCAUGGACGGCUUUGCAGAGUCCAUGAACUCCCUUGGUCUGCCCUGUACCACCAUUGACCUUGCUCCCGUUCGUGAUGUGGGAUACCUAGCAAACGAUCAAAAGACCCAGGACGUGGUCCAGGGUACUUUCGGCGGAAUGUGGCUCAACGCAGAGGAUAUCCACGGCCUGCUCGCCAGUGCAAUCAAGGGUGUGAUGAAGAAUUCCUGUAAUAACCAUUGCAUCACUGGUCUGGAUUCAAUUCAGACAGAGAGCGUGAGUGCGGGUCAGGCCUGGACACAGGAUCCCAGGUUUUCGCAGUUGGUUCGUGCAGCGGCUGUCUCUGCGUCUUCGAAAUCGGGCGAUCAAGUAAAUGGUCUUACAUCGGAAAGUCCCGCAAAGGCUCUUCAGCAGGCGCAAGAUCUCACACAAGCGCAGGAUAUUAUCGCACAGGCUCUGCUGAAGAAGCUGUGCAGUCUUCUCAUGCUCUCAUUGGAGGAUGUUGACGUGUCCAAGUCAAUCUCGGCCUUUGGACUGGACUCUUUGGUGGCUAUCGAGGUGCGACACUGGAUUUCACGUGAAUUUGACGCUGGGCUUCAGCUCUUGGAGAUUCUGGCCAGUGACUCAGUCAGUGGAUUGGCCGGGACAAUUAUGCACAAGUCUGGUGUUCUUCCGGAAGGUUUGAAGUCCUCCAACACGAACGGGACAUCUUGAUUCUUUUU